GAGAUGCUGCAAUGGGGGUAAGGCGGCGCUAGCAGCUUGGCGGUGACAAUGAAGCAGCCUUAAAGCCUGACCUGAAGGAGCAGUAGGCUACCGGAAGCCAUAGCUAACGAUGGGGCGGAGCCCUGGCAGCACAAGGGCUGACUUGGAGUAUGGCCAAAAGAAGGUGGACUGGGAAGAGGAUAGAUGGUGUGAGAGGGAACCAAGCUGCCUGAUUUUGGGUUUCUCAAGAGAGUCUGCAGCCUGUAGCUGUGGACUGGGCAGGCGCGCGCUACUGCCGGUGGCCCUCUCGCCCUGCCACCCGCCCUGCUGGCCAGCCUGAGCCAUGGGCGGCCUGGCUUUCCGGCUUCUGCUCCUGCCUUUCCUGGCACCUGUGGCCACCACAGCCGUCAAUCCAGCCCUAAGGGCCCUCGCCAGCCUAAAUUUGCAAAUCUUCCCCACAUUCCAACCUGAGGAGGCCAAUAACUACUCAAUUUAUUACUUCGAUCAGAAGAUUGAUCAUUUUGGAUUUUAUAAUACAAAAACUUUUAAGCAGCGGUACCUAAUAUCUGAUAAAUACUGGAAGACAUAUGAUGGUGUAAUACUUUUCUACACUGGCAAUGAAGGGGAUAUUACCUGGUUUUCAAAUCAUACGGGGUUCAUGUGGGAUGUGGCCGAGAAGCUGAAAGCUUUGUUGGUGUUUGCUGAACAUCGAUACUAUGGGGAGUCCCUUCCCUUUGGUGAGGAUUCAUUCAAGGACUCCAAGCACUUGAAUUUUCUGACAUCAGAACAAGCUCUGGCUGAUUUUGCAGAGUUAAUUAGACACUUGAAAAGAACUGUCCCAGGAGCCGAUGGUCAACCUGUCAUUGCCAUCGGGGGCUCUUAUGGCGGUGUGCUUGCAGCCUGGUUCAGGAUGAAAUAUCCUCAUUUAGUAGUGGGAGCUCUUGCAGCUUCUGCCCCUAUCUGGCAGUUUGAAGAGUUGACGCCCUGUGGUGUGUUUAUGAAGAUCGUAACUGAAGAUUUUAAGAAAGGUGGUACGAAAUGUUCAGAGAGCAUCCUCAGGUCUUGGGGUGCCAUUAACCGACUCUCCAAUACGGGCAGUGGUCUACCGUGGCUUACCAGAGCCUUUCACCUGUGCAGCAACCUAAACUCUGAGGACAUCCAGCGCCUAAAAGACUGGCUCUCUGAGACCUGGGUGAACCUGGCCAUGGUGAACUACCCGUACCCGGCCAACUUUUUAAAGCCUUUGCCUUCUUGGCCUGUCAAGACCUGCACAGAAAUAAUCCUGCCUUUUUGCACGAAUGGUGUUGAUGACAUGUUUGAAGCCCGUUCAUGGGACUUAGACAAGUAUUCUGAUGAUUGUUAUAAACAGUGGGGUGUGAGGCCACGGCCUUCCUGGGUCACUACCUUAUAUGGAGGCAAAGACAUCCGUUCACAUUCAAACAUCAUUUUCAGCAAUGGUGACCUGGACCCAUGGUCAGGAGGUGGAGUUACCGAAGAUCUCUCUGAUACCCUGGUGGCAGUCAACAUCCCAGAUGGGGCCCACCAUUUAGACUUGCGACCCAGCACUGAGACGGACCCACCAUCCUUGCAGUUGGCCCGCUCUGUGGAACUCAGACACAUGAAGCAAUGGGUCUCAGAUUUCUAUGGCAAUUACAGAAAGCAGCCUUGAGCAACUUUUCAAAAUCACUUUUACUUUCUUCUUUUAUGUUCGCUCCACCCACAUAUCCAUUCACUUUGAUUUUUUUAUAUGUAAUUACUUUCCCUCAUUUGUCAUUGUAUUUGUUGGGCCAAGGUCGAGACAGAAGACCGUGACAGGAGUGGGCGCAGCCAUCCCACCCAGGUGACUGCUCCGUCCUCACUGCCUUUGUGCCAUCUCCAGGAAGAACGCCAUCCUGGCAGCUCUGAUGCCAUCAGAACUGGCAUGGUUCCUGACUGUCUUUCACCAGAGGGAGAGCCACUUUUCUCCCAAGCGGGGAUGUCUCCUCGGUUUUGAGAGUGAAGUCUCUCUGGCCCAUUGUAAGCCCCCAUUCCUGCCACAAAAGAAAAAGCAGAAGCUGGAUUAAAAACGCUGCAGCUGCGGCUGGUGGGCUGUGUGAUGCCAGUCCAGGAAAGGGCCGCUUCCUGUGAGCUCCAUGACUGCCUUUGAACUGCAAUAAAGAACAAGGCAGACCUA